AACCUGAAAACGGAAGAAAUGGCAGAACGUUCUGUUUACCGUCAAGUCAUUUUGAUCUUAUUAAUACAUUUAGGUUGUGCUUUUAGUGACAGUGUAACUGACAAACCCAAAGCUACGGGGGAUGUCUACUGCUGGCAUAACUCAGACACAUCUCUAGGCACGAAUCAGUCAUGUUUAACUGGGCAAUCCCACCCUGCUUACAUGAUGUCCAGUUCGACAAACAUCACGGAGGACACAGUGAAUAAUACCACAGGAAACACAACGACACCCGCUCCAAGUACAACAGUCAUGCGAUGCCUAACAUACACCAAUGAUACAACACUACGUUAUCAUCAAAACAUCAUGGGGACUUUGGUGGAUACCUGGCGAUCGUGUGAUUUUGAUGGAGUCUGUGAUAACAGGACGCUAAAUAAAAGUGUGCGGGCUACUAUCAAUGGCAGUGAUGUGUUACUGUUGUGUUGUGAGGGCAAUAACUGUAACAGCCUGGUACAGCUCCCUGUGUCGACCCCUGUGGCAACCCCUACCUCCAACAACUCCCACUGCUACCAACUGACCAUGGAGGGCAGUGACAUGAAGUUACGAGGCUGUAAGACAGCGUGCCACACUGAAGACAUGAGGUGUGUAAAGGAUACGCUGUACCUGAAGAGUGGCAUCAUGUCUCAGAUGUAUAACUGUGACAUUGAAAACAAGUGUGCCAACAUCAACGAGUCGGAACCAGUCUGUAAAAACUACACGACAGGUGCUAACAACACGCGUGAAGUGUGCUGUUGUAAGGGAGAUUAUUGUGUGAAGCCAGACCAGACGUAUGAUGAGCCAAAAAAAGAAGAUAUGAACAGUGCCUGUUCUGUGUUACCAAUCAACAGUACCAACCACCAUCCACCUGGUACUCCGUCCCCAAAGAAGACUAACUGGCUGUUUGUUGGAGGUGUGAUUGCAAGCGCAGCAGUGGCCAUACUGCUGGCCCUGCUCGUCGUCAUAGUGAUCAUGAGGGUGAAGAGGCAGGCCAAACAGAACAACCGACUUACCCUGUCCUACACCAGGCUUUCGGCAGACAGAGUGCCGGACGAUGAUGAGGAUGUACAGAUGCUGCUUUCCUAGACUGGGUGUCCUUUGGUACACUCGUCCUUAACCCCUAGACUUGCUGGAGUGACUACUGAAGUAGAGUUCAAGGUGGAGUCUAUUGUCCCAAACACUCCAAACAAAGUUCAAGGUUACUAAAACUCUUAUCCCAAACACUCCAACCAAAGUACAAGGUUACUAAAACUCUUAUCCCAAAUACUCCAACCAAAGUACAAGUUACUGAAACUCUUAUCCCAAAUACUCCAACCAAAGUACAAGAUUUUUUUUUUGUCCUAAUAACAUUUACAAAAACACAAGGUAGAAAUAAUUGUAUUCAGAUUCCGGUCCAAUACUGUUUUCAUUUGAAAGUGCAAGCUAGAGACUCUUUGAUACUUAUUCUUCUCCUAAUCUUAAACCUUAAAGUACAAGGUAAUACAUGUACACUUAACUGUACAUAUUCCAGAAGACCUGUAUUCAAUGCAAGCAUCUGAUAUAAUAAUAUUUUAGCUAUAGUGUUUAUUUGUUAAUAUAAAGAUUUGUGUUGCGUACUGUGCAGGCUUUCUUCCUCAGUGUUGUCUGACACACAGAUAGCCAUUUAAAAAAAGAAAUUGUUAAAAUUAGGGAAUAUUAUAAAGUUUUUGUUGUGUAUGACAGAUAUGUGCUUUCCUGUUUUAUUUGGAGUAGUAAGUGUUAUGGUAAUUUGUGAUAAAACACCCUAAGGAUAACACUGGUAAUUUGUGAUAAAACAACCCUAAGGAUAACCCUGGGGGUGAGCUAGAAGGAAGACACAUGGGGAACAUUUUAGGAAGUGUGUGGUAAUGUCUUAGUGUGAUGGGAUCUCAUGUUUUAUAUAUAUAUUUAUUCACAUUCAUAUAACAAUGUUGUGCAAUGAUGUAUCAACCUGAAAUGAUUGUAUACAACAUUCCCAUUGGGGUUUGCCGAUAUAUGUUCCUUAAAAUAAACCCACAGAUAGCAGAUUAUCUCCCUUUGCUGUGUUUUUAAUAUACCAGGUAUGUACAUUUUUAUAAUAUUUGGUUGCCAAGGGAAAGAUAUAAUUCAUUAUUUCUAAAAUUUCAAUUUGAAAUUUCUUACAAAAAUCUAUAAUCUAUCCAAAGAUAAUAAUUCUUGUUAAAUACUUAUUUUUGUUAAUAAAUAUAUACCCCUGUACCACAAUUUGAUGAUUGGCGGAUAUCAUUCAUUGCAUCCUACCGUAAUAUUAGCACUGCCAUGAAAUUCAAUAUAAAUGAGAUGUAUGAUUCUUUUUCGGAUAGCGCUUUGUCAAUGGGCCAAUGGAAGGGUCAUCCUAGAGCACAUUUGUUUCACUAUAUCUCGCCCUAUUCAACCUGUGAAGGCUUGACCCAACUGAUUUUUUAUGCAUUGAAAUGUUGGAUACAAAGCCAUUUGCAAUUGGCAAGAAUUCCAGCUCCACAAGUUUUGGAUCGUAUAUGUAAAUAUUUAUCAUAAUAUUAUAUUUCUAACAUACUUUUCUUUGGAAGUAACUUUUUAAAGUCGUGAAAUUUUAUUCUAAGGAUAAAGAAGGUCAAAACUUUAGUCAUUUGAAAUUUCCCGGUGUUCCAGUAAAGUGAAAAAUUGUGGCCAUCAGUGUUAUAAAGGGAUUUGGUCAUCAAUGUAGCUGACAUAAAAAAUAGUUAAUUCAGAAAAAAGGAAAGAAGGGAGCAUGGAAAGGUUGGCAGUAAGCAAGAUGACUAUUAAACAAGGACUAUUAGAUUUGAGAUUUUACUGCCGAUUUAUCAGUGUAAGCGUACAGAUCUAGAUUUGUGAUCGUAGGUAUUGUUUCAGAGGUCUUCAACUGCAAUUUCGAUGUAAAUGAUAUUUUUCAAUAUUUUCAUUUGAUAUAUUUACUGUAUAAUAAGGAUAGCGAUUAUUGAAUCGGUGUUUAAAGUGUUUUAUGUAUUACUGGUCAACGUAAUUAAUGUGGUGACCAUUACUAUAAUCUAAUAAUCACAGGUGCUGCUGCUAUUCUCCAUUUGAUAUUUUUAUGUUACUGAGAAAAAGUUAAAUAGUGUAAAUAAUAAUAAAUAUAAUGUUAUUUUCUUUAAAAAAAACAAUGCCUGAAAACUAAUUAUUCCAUGGUACAGAUUGAAAGCUAUAAACAUUGUAAUGUACUGGAUGGCCUUUGAUCAAAUGAUUCGUUCCUUGGUAGCUCCAAGUCCUCAAUAAGAUGUUUUUAUUUUAUCCACUGCAUACUAGAAAUGGUCGCUGCUGUAUAUAGUACGUAGAUCUGACAAAAUGAACACUUUGUGUAAAAUAUUUGACAAAGAUAUACAAUAUAUAUAAUUACAAUGUUUAAAUCGUACCUUGGAAAAAUGUCUUCAAAAAAUCUACAUCAAUUAUAACCAUUAUUAAAGCGACAUAUUUCAUAUUUUGCUGAAGUAAAUUUGUCCCUAGUAACAAGAGCUAAUGACUGGAUGUACUGAAAUAUCACAGGUGAUAUUUAUACUGGAACGUUUAGAAGCCUUUGAUGCAGUAAAAGAAUCGUAAUGUUUUCUAUCUUACUGACAAUAGUACUUUAUUGAUGAUAAUCAGAACCUAAUAAGCUUCAGGGAGUGUAUUGAAGAAUAAGGAAUAUAUAAUGCAAACUUCAUAAUGUUAGCUUCAGGGAGUGUAUUUAACUCAUUCACCCCAGAAGACUCAUUUGAACUCUUCCAAUUCAAAGGUUGGAAUAGUUCAUUAUAAAAUUCCAGGGGUGAAUGAUUUAAAAUUAAGGAAUAUAUAAUGUAAACUUCACAAUGCUUGUAUGAUGUAUAACUUGUUGAAGUCGUUUUUUUUGUAACUUAAGUGCCAUGUAAUAUUAUGAAAUAUUUGUUGUUCUAGUCUUAUCAAUGCCAUAGAUAGAUAGGAGGUGCCCUGGUUCUGUCUGAGAUUCACACAGUCGUGAACUAGGAGGUGUCCUGGUCCUGUCUGAGAUUCACACAGUCGUGAACUAGGAGGUGUCCUUGUUCUGUCUGAGAUUCACACAGUCGUGAACUAGGAGGUGCCCUGGUUCUGUCUGAGAUUCACACAGUCGUGAAUUAGGAGGUGUCCUGGUUCUGUCUGAGAUUUACACAGUCGUGAACUAGGGGGUGUCCUGGUUCUGUCUGAGAUUCACACAGUCGUGAACUAGGAGGUGUCCUGGAUCUGUCUGAGAUUCACACAGUCGUGAAUUAGGAGGUGUCCUGGUUCUGUCUGAGAUUCACACAGUCGUGAACUAGGGGGUGUCCUGGUCCUGUCUGAGAUUCACACAGUCGUGAAUUAGGAGGUGUCCUUGUUCUGUCUGAGAUUCACACAGUCGUGAACUAGGAGGUGUCCUGGUUCUGUCUGAGAUUCACACAGUUGUGAACUAGGAGGUGUCCUGGUUCUGUCUGAGAUUCACACAGUCAUGAACUGCUCCUUUGUUCUUGGUGAUUGGUAUGAAUAAACCGGUGCAAAGUACAAAACUAAUCAAUCUAAACGACACAAUGAUUGUUCAUGAUUAAUUGAAAUUGAAUUGUUUAACUUAUUUCUAGCUAAACACUAGUAAAGGUAGGCUAAUUAGAAUUAUAUUACUGUGUUACGUAAUGAGUAAUAAUAGAGGGUAUCUUAUAUAGGUUAUGUGGAAAUGUGGAACUUUUGACCGUAGGUGAAAUGUGUAACUUUUGACCGCGGGUAAACAUACUUUAUGUAACUAAUGAUUGUUGGAUAAGGUUAUAAUGUACUUCCCCUUCCUGUGUUGUUUUUAUCAACUUGUUAUUUUAAGAAGUAGUGACGAUUGUUAAAAUAACAAAUCUCAUUAUAACAAUUUAAAGGUGUAUUUAGAUAACAAAUCUGUAUAACAGAUUCAUACAAAGAUUUGAACAGAAGUGAGUUUUUUCUUUCCGUGUUUUUUUAUUACACCAUUUGUAUGUUUAGGGUACUAUAGCCUCAAGCUUCACGCCUGAUUGUGUGUAUUCCCACUGUAUAUAGAAACCAUCACUCCACUAAUUAGAGGAAAGCAAUAUUUUAGAUAUCUUUUAGAUCUUUUUUGGUAUCUGAAUCACAUACAUGUACAAAUGUGGUAUACAAAUGUUGAUGUGGCUUUAAAGAAACAUGCAAUGCAUAUGUUUGUAUGUAUAUAGUAAUGUAAGAGAUUAAUAUUAUUAUUGUGUGAUUCUGUAAUUAUGUACAUAGUUUAUGUUAGUAUCACUGUCUAUUCUGCCCUUUCAAUGACAUUGAAGAUCAAGAUCUGUUACCUUUAUAAAGAUGCUCAACUUUUUGUAUAUCACACUUGCAAGUACAGUGUACAUGAUAUGUAUUUGAAACUUUAUAUUGCGUGACAUGGUAUAACUAAACUUGCAUUUUCAAUAAGAUUGGCUAUUUUUAGGAUGCCUGAGACGAAGUCUCAAGUGACCUAUUCUAAUCGCCUUUUGUCCGUCGUGCGUCCGGAAACAAUUCACAUUUUUUACUUCUUCUCAGAAACCGCUGAUUCGAUUUCAAUAAAAUUUAGCAGGAACCUUCUUUGGUCAAAUUUGCACCAAAAUUGUGAAUUGAAUGGUUCCCACCCCCAGGGGCUCUGAGGGGUGGGGCUAAAAGUGGUCAAAUUGGCUUAAAUUUUUUAAAUCUUCUUCUCCAGACCCAAAUAUGCUGGAAACCAAUACUCUUCAUUGGUGGAAGGGUCUUGAAGUACUUUAUCAAAAUUGUGAAUUUCAUGACCCUCGAGCUUCACGUUUGCCACUGGGGAGGGGGUGAAAUUAUAGGAAAAUGCAACUUUAGGGAACAUUAAAACUUGAUUUACAUUAUAACCUUGAGAUGACAGUUUGAUACUUUGACAUUUCUAACCCUGUUUCAUCCCCAGGGUCUGAGGGGCGGAGCCAAAAUGGGGUCAUAUAGCCAGAAAUUUCAACAGUCAUCUUCUCCAGACUGAAAUAGGCUGGAAACCAAUAUUUGUCAAAGAAGGAAGGGUCUUUAGGUGCUUUAUCAAAAUUGUGAAUUUCAUGACCCCCAGACUCCAUGUUUGCCCCUGGGGAGGGGGCGAAGUUUACU